UUAACUACUUAACUUAAAAAGAUUGUAAAUUGUAACUGUGCUCUUAAUGUUUUUAUUUUGCUUCAGCUACAAGGCGCUGAAGAGCCAGAAUAAUGCAAUGUGUACAGUAUAAACAUGCUUUUGUUCUUACUGAUAUAUUUAAUUGCAUGUUUGGCUGUGUCAGCAUUUUGAAUGUCUAUGUAUGUGAUGAGCAAACAACCUUGGAUCAGUGUACUCAGUUAUUUGAUAUCAUAUUUUUGUACAUUGGCUGGUGUGAUCGUGUAGUUUUUAGGUUGUUUCUUCAUGUCAUAUAGUCUUCCUGUUUGGUUCAGAUAGAGAUACGUUUAAAAAAAAAAACGUAUUCAUGCCACUAUUUUUAAUUUAUUUAAAAUAGAAUUUUAAAGUGCUGACCGGCGUAUGAUUUGUUUUUACGAAGUGCCUUUUAAAUAAAUCGGCCUCCCACCAAACAGACUUUGGACUUGUCUUUAUUAUUUUCCAUGAGUAUGAACUUUCUCGGAACGACGCAGCGUUGAAGCGAAGCCGGAAGUACGCGCGGAUCACUCUCCUUCCUUCCUGCCGCGGUGGCGAUGCUAAAGCAGAGAGCCGCCUGGCCGCCCUACCUGGGAUGGAUUUAGAAGAAGCUUUUAAAGUUGUCGGCGAGUUUGGACCCUACCAGAAGCGGGCGGUGGCUGUCCUUGUUCUGACACAGGUGUACAUGGCCUGUCAGUCCAUGCUGAUCGUUCUGGUUGGAUCUACGCCAGAGUACCGUAUCGAGCAGCAGGACGGCGUCCCAUCCGGCCAGCAGGAGCUCCUCCAACGUGUCGUCUUUACAGAGGACAUCGACACCAUAGUGACCGAGUGGUUUCUUGUCAAGCAGCAGGCCUACAAGGUCAGUCUAGCUGGAUCGCUGUUCUUCGCCGGGCUUCUGGUCGGGAACAUCGUCUUUGGGCCGCUCUCUGACAGGAUUGGUAGGAGACCUGUCUACUUGACAGGUCUGUUUUUUGAGGUGGUCUUUGGUUAUGUGACCGCCUUCGCACCCAGCUAUGAGGUCUUCGCCGUGUCUCGUCUCUUAGUGGGGCUGAUGAACGGCGGCAUCGGGCUCGUCUGCUUCGUCCUCACUCAGGAGUACGUGGGCAAGUCCUACUGGGCCAUGACUGGGACGUUGACCAGUAUGUCUUUUGCGGUCGGCAUCGCCCUGUUUGGAGCUCUGGGCUACUUCAUCCAGCCGUGGAGGAACCUGGCCACAGCGGCCAACUCGUCCGGUGUCCUUUUCUUCCUGCUGUCUGUCGGUCUUCCAGAAUCUCCUCGUUGGCUGUAUUCUCAGGGUCAGACGAGGCAAGCUGAGGAGGUUCUGCGCUACAUGGCUCUGAGGAACGGCAACGCUGCCAACAACCUGAUGCUGCAACGUGUCGGUGCUGCUAAACCCGGUAACAACAACAAGGGCAUGAGUGUCCUGCAGCUGGUGAUCCAUCCGGUCCUCCGUCUGAGGACCAUGGUGCUCAUGUAUGUCUGGUAUGCAUGCAGUCUGGUGUACUACGGUCUGACUCUGGGGGCCAGCAACACGUCUGGUAGCCGUUAUGUGAACGUAGCCAUGUACGGCCUGGUGGAGCUGCCCGCCUACCCGCUCUGCAUAUAUUUCAUCAACAAACACUGGGCUGGCAGGAGGAAAAGCAUGGCCAGUUUUCUGUGUCUGGCCGGAUCCGCCUGCCUCUGCACCAUGUUUAUCCCCGAAAACACAGGGCCCUUGCUGAGCGUCACGUCUUUGGCGCUUCUGGGAAAACUGAUGGUCAGUGCAGCAUUCAACAUCGCCUACGUUUACACCUCUGAACUCUACCCUACGGUAAUCAGGAACGCUGGUUUAGGAGUUUGCUCUAUGUCGUGCAGAGUUGGAGGAAUCCUUGCACCAUUUGUUCCUUCCAUGCGGGCUCUCCACACCUCCCUGCCCUUCACUGUGUUCUGUCUGAGCGGUCUGUCUGCAGGCUGUCUGGGCCUCCUGCUGCCUGAAACGCUCAACGGACCUACAGCAGAGACUCUGGAGGAGCUCAGCAGCCCGACCCACAGCCGAGUGCUGGAGAGCAAGGCUCUUUUGUAUGAAGAUGAGGAAUGGAAAUCAAACCACAAAUGAAGCCAGCGACCUCCUCUUCCCUGCCGGAGCAGCUCUGAGCAGCAAGACAGAUUGUCCACACCUCAGUCCCCAACUGCUGCCUCACUCACUUUUAGAUCUGUGGACUGACAGUUUAAAUGCAGGACAUAGAUGCUGACCAGAGCUUCAGGAAGAGGGCGUUGUCGACUGGCGCGAAGGUUUGUUCUGUAUGUAAUUUUACAGAAAAUCCAGACAGUUGAUCCCCUGCCUUUUUAUUUCAUUUCCUGAAUGUGGUCAUGGUGUUUGUGCCUUACUUGGAGGUAGACAUCGACAGGGACGGUCAGGAUGUGACAGGGCAGAUAUGUGACUUGCAUUACAUUCCAGAGAUUGCUGGGCUGUCUGAAAAUCAAACUCAAAAGUGUCACUGAAGGACAGCGUUCUGCUCCCGAGUUUACAAAAUGGCGGUUAUAUGGAUGAGUUACAUGACAUGCUAACUUUCAACAUCUGAAUAUUCCUCAAAAUACAGUCGAGUUACAUGUUUAGGACCUCACUGAUAUUCUGAUACCGCGAAAUCUUUCUCUUGUGUCUCUGUCACAUGCGGGUGUUAGCAUACAGUGCAGUGUGUGCCCAGAGGCAAACCAGCACUAGAGACUGCCUCAUUCAAUACAUGCUUACAGUUGCUAAGCCUAUACUUGGGUGUAACACUAGCGGUUGUGAUGGGAACAGGAGCUGUUUGUUCUGUGUCUGACUCUGUGAAAGGUUACGGUACAUGUUCAAACCUGUGACACUGAAACUGGAUGCCCUGAACUUUAACCUGCUGAUCCAUUUGUACGCCAUCAUACAGGCUGUCGUUUCAGUUCAGUUUCAGAUCUCACCAUUGAGGCAUUAAGUGUAAACCAGUGAGCUGUCAGCUAUUGAGAGAAAGUUUGGUUUAAUCUGGGCGGCAGAAAGGUGGCAUUGUUAAAAAAAAAGACUUUGGUUGGUUUAUUUACACUUACUCACAGAUACUAUGGGAAGUUUCAGGGGACGUUUAUAUGAUGGAUAAAUGAAACAAUGCAUCUUCUGUUAGGGUCUCGCUGGUCACUUUUGUUUAUAUUUGCUGGCCAUGAGAAUCCACCACCACAAUCCACUCUGAUACAAGCUAAAAUGUGGGAUCGGGAGUCAGCGAGUACGCAUGUCUGUGUGACUCUGAUUGGCUAACCCUGAUAUUCUUCAAUCAGUGCGUUUGUGGCCUAACUACAGUGGUACUAGAGCAUCCUUUUGAAGGAAGUACUGGCAGCUACAGGAGUGGGCACUAGGUGUGACACAGCAAGAAACGUUGUUGUUGGUUAAACAACAAUGUCGCCUCCCGUAGAGGUUAGUGUAGAUGCCAAUGAGUUAGUUUUUCCUCUCUGAAAGAAGAGCAAAGAACGGUGCUGAAUGCUUUUCUCGAUGGAAAAGAUACUUUCACUCGGUGUGUUGAUCUGAUUGGUUAAAGUUCGCCUGUGAUAGACGGUGAUAGUCAGAUGGUUCAUCCAGUCACUUGGUAUUUUUUUAACGUGCUUGCCCUUUUCCAAACAAUUUCCAACAACCACUUUCCAGAUGGUUCUUGUGUAACAAACCAUCAGGUUAAACCAAUCUAACCAACCCAUACCGACGAAGGCAACCAGCCAAUCAUGUUUUAGUGCAGCAAAGUUGAUUUCCAGUUGUGUAACGUUAGCCAGAGCUAGCUAAAUGUCAGCACUUUGACAAACUAAAGAAAGUUCUUUGGCAUUCAUUCUCUCUAUGUAUUGGAUCACGUAUUACAAAGGGUUUAACCUGAGUCGGGCCAUACAACAAUACUAAUCAAACAGGGUUAGUAGUAUAGAGCUGUUAAAAAAAGAAUACAUAUAUAUUUUAAUGCACACUUCAGGUAUCGGGUAUCUCUUGUCACUACUCAUCCUGUUUGACUUGAGGCAGCGAUGUCACAGGAAGUUCUGUGUCCUAAAUGAUGUUUAUCAGUUGUCCAUCAUCAUCCUCUGCCUACCUAUGUAGAAAACUCACUGGAGAUUUGAUGUAUAUCUUAGACAGCCAUGCAGCUCAAAGAGUUGCUGUACAUUUUGAAAGAUCGUCUUAUCCCAGUUGCUUUUUAUAGAACUUCUCCAGACCUGUAUGAGCUCGAUGAGAUGGCCACUCGAGAUCACGGACAUUGAGACGGAUGAGCACAUUUAAUCACAUGGAUUUAGUUUUCACAAUGAAUAAUGCUUCUCCAGACCAAUCCUGCAUAUUUCAUAAGCUACCAUGAUUGUAACGCACACUCCACAGUUAUGAAUGUCUAAAGACCAAAUGCACCAUCUCUCAUUUAAAUUCGAGGUAGAACUCUGACAAGUUAAAUUUUGGAUAGAUACAUAGCACUGCAGGUAAGAGGGGAAACGUAUUUUUGAUUUUGGGAUGAACUCUCCUGUUGAGCUAUACCAUGCUAGCAAAACUGUAGGACUAGAAACUCUAAUUAAAUAACGAUUGAAUUUACUAUUGAAUGAACAUCAUACACGGCAGCUAUUUAAUCAGCUAUUUAAUAAAUGAGUCAAAGCUUUAAUCGUUUAAUCAUUGAGUCAUGAUCACGCAGCAUUACAGCCUGAAGGUCAGUCAGGAACUAAUCCUUUAUCUACUGCAUAGGAAAGUUUUGCAGUUUCUGGGAGACAGUGGGACAAUACAAAUAUGGCAUUUCACCCCCAACUGUGGGACCAUUAUCUUUAUUUAUUUUCUCUGUUAGCAAGGUCUUUGUGACUGUUUUGGAAUGUCCUUAUGACAGUCAGUGAAGCUGGAAGAAGACUGUAUCUCUCAACAAAACUGUAAUCAACUUGUUUAUGUAAACGAGGAAGAAGCCUUGCACACAGUGUGUGUACGGUGAAGCAAGAGGUGCUGGUAGCUGUAAGGUAAUUAUAUGGUCAGUUUAAAAUAAACCACCAGUGGUUGUUGUCAGGACAUUGCGUCAACAUUUGCACGAGAAAGAGGUUUACUCUUCGUCAGGCUCAUAACAAGAUCCACCAGACUAAUGCAUAGAAUAGGAGCCGACACACUAAUUAAUAAUGGGACCAACCUGUGUCAAACCAUCACUCUGGGCAAAACUUUUGAAAGUGCAUUUAACCAUUUUAACAAACCCCUACUACCUUUUUGUGAAACUGAGCUUGAACUACAACGGCUGUAACAUCCCCCACCACAAGUUUUCCCUGCAACUAAAGAUGUAAACACUUGACGAGCAUUUUGCCUCCUGUGCCUUUAACUCUGAAGUGUUAUAUAUGCAUAAAUAUAUAUUAGAUAUUAUUAAUAUGUAAUUAAAGAUAAAGAUUAAGAUAUUAGAAAACAAAUGUUGACUGAGAUGUUUUAUAUGCCAUCAUUUUGUAUUGUGUACAAUCAUGCUAUUCCAAUGUGUACCAUGAAGAUAUACUGUAUGGGUCUUUAAAAUGUUCAAUGAUUGUAUGUAUUUCUGUUAAAAGCAGUAAACCGUUCCAACAGUGAA